UCAGACAAAAGAAAAGUUAUUCUGAGUCAUCAUGAUGUGAGUUGGAUCCUCCAUUAAUUUAGAAAAAAACAAGUAGAGUUUCUCUAUAAUCAACACAUAAUAAAACCAUAACGUGCACCCUAAUCAAACAACACCCGAUCACAGAACACCACAACAACACUCACUAGGUAUCAUUCAUUCACAGCACCAACAACCACUUUGUUCUUGUGGUUGAAAAUUGAAACGCAAGAUGAAGUUGACUUUAACCGAACAAGAUGCGGCUCAUUGGGUUUACAGAGGUGAAGGUGCUGCUAAUAUUGUUGUCUCAUACACUGGUUCUUCUCCUUCUUAUAUUGGGAAAGUGAUGCGCAUUCGCAAGUCUCCAAGGAAGGCAUCAGCCUUACCGGGAGUGAAGAAUACCAUAGCUCUCUCUCCACAUGAACGCCUCAUCUGGAAAGAAGUACAUGAACUUAUUUCUUCUUCAGAUAAGGAAAUUGCUGGCCAACUAUAUGUUGAUCAUGUCAUGAAGCCUUUGCUUGGAUCCAAAUAUGUUGAUGCUGGGACUCACAUUCUAGUGACCAAAGAAUUCCUAAUGACUAUUGAGAAGAAUGUUGAUAGUCAGCGUCCUGCUUCGCGAGUUGAUGUUUCCCAGGUUGAUAAGCAAUGUGAUUUUGCUCUUCUCAUGUCAGAUCAUUCGAUCUUCCCUCAAGGUAGUCAAGGAUCUAGUAACAGUAUAUCAGUUGAAAUAAAGCCUAAAUGCGGAUUUCUUCCUCUUUCAACAUUCAUAUCUGAAGGAACUGCUAUCAAAAAGAAGAUAACUCGAUUUGAAAUGCAUCAAGCUCUGAAAUUGCAACGCGGAGAGAUUUCACAACGGAGUGUGUACAACCCACUUGAUUUGUUCUCUGAAUCAAAGGAAAGAGUUCAUAAAGCUAUCAAAAAUCUCUUUACUACCCCUCAAAACAAUUUCCGUGUAUUUUUAAAUGGUUCUCUCACACUCGGAGGACUAGGAGGUGGUGCUGAAAGUACAGAUGCAUGUAUGGCCAAAGUACUUGAAGAUGAACUUCACUCGGUCAUUCAAGCUGGCGAUGGCCAAUGUACAGAGAAUUUAUUUACUCUUGUUACUGAAGCUGUGCAUAAAUCAGGAGUCCUUAAUCAGCUCCUGGAGAUUCAGAAGCUUGAUCGUUUUGAUGUAGAAGGAGCUAUCCAUGCAUAUUAUAACAUUACUUUUCAACAGUGCAAGGUGUGUAAAGAAUUGAGUAAAGAACAGGCAAAACUAUAUUCCUCUUUGCAUUCAGCGUCAUUGGACGAAAGCUUGAGAAUCGUAAAGGACUACCUGAUAGCAGCUACUGCAAAAGACUGCAGUUUGAUGGUAUGUUUUAGACCAAGGAACGAGAAUGAUUCUGGAUCUUCCUACAAUACUGUAUAUCUUGAGUCAACUAAACAAGCCUUUGAUUAUAAGGUGCAUUUUAUCGACCUUGAUUUAAAGCGUUUGAAUAAAGUGGAAGACUACUAUGAGUUAGAUAAGAAUAUAGUGAGCUGCUACAAACAGAUGAACAAAAUAGAUGAUGGAAGAAACGACGAUGCAAAGUUGCAGGGACCUGAAGUUGCAAACUUGCAGGGAUCUGAAGUUACAAACUUGCAGGGACCUAAAGUUGCAAAUUUGCAGGGACCUGAAGUUGCAUACUGAGAUUUUCAUAGAUAUUUUCCUUACAAAAUGCUGUGAUGACAGUCAAGAAGUGAAGAUGCAACUGGUAUAAGUAUUUUUCUUUGUUACCCUCGUCUCCUCGCCGGGUGUACUACACUACUAUCAAAUUUUUACAUAACUAUUGUGUUUGUACUUGUAUUAACUUUUUCUAUUUCUGUUAAUUAUUUGCUGUU